GCUUUGGUGCAACCAAAAGCUAAUACGCCUGCACCAGUGAUAAUAAAUAAAGACAAAUCAGGAGCUGAAAAUCAUUAAUAAAUAUGAUGUUCUCCCGACCUGGUCGCAUCAGUUAUCCAAGAGGCUCCGGCCUGAUCAGUAGUCUUACAGGCGCAGCUGGGAACAUUUUAAACCGUGCUAUAGACAUCUUACCAACGGAACUGCAUUUGCCAGGCUAUCAGUACUGUGGUCCUGGAACGGAUUUAAAGACUAGAUUGGCUCGUGGUGAUCCAGGUAUCAACAAAUUAGACUCAGCCUGUAAACUGCAUGAUAUUGCAUAUUCCAAAUUUUCUGAUAGUAAAAACAGAUCUAUUGCUGACAAACAGUUAGCUGAGCAGGCUUGGGAACGAGUGAAAGCUUCUGAUUCAAGUUUCGGUGAAAAGGCAGCAGCUUGGACUAUUACAAAUAUAAUGAAAGCUAAAAAUAAACUUGGUGCUGGUAGAAAAAAACAGGUAAAGAAAAAGAGAAGAUGUAAAUGCAAAAAUAAGAAAAAUACAAGAAAAGCUAAUGCAACUAAAAGAAAAGGUAAAGGCUUAUAUCUAAGACCCUAUAAAGGAUCAGGAUGUGCAAAGAAAAAAAAAGAUCGUCUACUUAACAAAGGAGAUAAAUAGUAUUCCUAACAGACCGCUUAGUAACAAGGAUAUUUUAAAGUGGGUUUCACGUUUAAAUAUACCUAAUUUUAGAGGAGUGUUUAUGCGGGAUUUACUGCCUCAUAAUAUAAGUGAAAAGGAAACUGGAAUUGUUAAUUUGGAUGACAACAAUGGAAAGGGGACACAUUGGGUGUGUUAUACAAAAAAUGGUUUCAGAGUCCAAUAUUUUGACAGCUUUGGAAAUCUCAAACCACCAGUUGAACUUCAA